AUGACUUCGACUCACAAGAGUUCCAAAUACAUCCUUAACGUCGUGGAUGCUUACACGAAAUUUACAUGGAUUUACCCUGUUAAGACUUCAACCAUGGAAAAGACUUUAGAGAAACUAAGACUACAACAACAAACUCUUGGAGCACAUGAAAGAAUUAUUACUGAUCGAAAGGCUGCUUUUACUUCAAGAGACUUCCAGGAGUACUGUAAUAGUGAAAAUAUAACACACUAUACAAUUACCCCCGGACAACCCAGAGGAAACGGCCAAGUUGAGUACAUCCAUCAGAUUAUCAUCGCCGUGUUGACCAAACUAAGUGCUGAUGACCCGACUAAAUGGUAUCGCCGUGUGUCCAAAGUACAACGAUGUUUGAAUGGAACAUACCGAAGAAGUAUAAGAAUGACACCAUUUGAACUGCCUUUUGGCACUAAAAUAAGAGAUAAAGAUGAUUAA